CUGAUACCAUUGGACAGGACAGCCCCGAGGACGCGGCAGUUCCGAGUAUUCGGCUACGGGUUGGUUAGUCUAUCAGUUUGUUUCUGCAGCCGCGUCGAGACGCGUGAGGAAAGUAUAGGUUCUCGGGUGGACUACAUUUAAUGUUUUGUUAAAGGUUUUCAGCACAGCUUUCGCGUUUUGCUUGAAUAUUCCUGAGGAAAAAAGUAUCACAAUAAGGAUUAGACCAGGGAUUGUUUACAUACAUUUUUAAUGGAGAUGCUAUGGAUUUUAUUUGAAUUCGCUGGAGCUGCGCUUUUUAUGGAACAUGGGGAGCGAAGUGCAGUUGUGGGAAAGUGAUCAGAUCGUGUUUCUCUGAUUGACAUCGGACAUUGAUGAGGUAGCUUGCAUUUUCCCGUGCAAUCAGCUUGAUUGGGAGGAUCUUCCAUGGCCACAAUGACGCGUAACUGUCCUCUUUACGUCGGCGUUCUUUGCCUUCUGGUGAGCUCACGCUUGGCACGCGCUGCCUCCAAGGCAAUGGUGUGCGAACCCAUCACAGUACCUAUGUGCAAGGGCAUCGGCUACAACCUCACCUACAUGCCCAACCAGUUCAACCAUGACACUCAGGAUGAAGUUGGCUUGGAGGUACACCAGUUCUGGCCACUGGUGCGCAUCCACUGCUCCCCGGAUCUGCUCUUCUUCCUCUGCAGCAUGUACACCCCUAUCUGCAUCCCGGACUACGGCAAGCCCGUACCUCCAUGUCGUUCGGUCUGCGAGCGGGCCAAGCGCGGCUGCUCCCCCCUGAUGAGACAGUAUGGUUUCGAAUGGCCGGAGAGGAUGAGCUGCGAGAGGCUGCCGGAGCUGGGCGACGCGGAGCGUGUCUGCAUGGACUGGAAUAGCAGUAAAGUCACCACCCUGUCCCCAGGCCCCGCUUUCCCCCCAAAGCCCACCCCCAAAGCCCCGUUCCCACCACACCACAACGCUGCCCGACGCAGGCCACCUCUCCAGCCUGAACGCCACCAAGAACCCCGCCACCAGGCUUGCGAGCAACACGGCUGCCGCUGCCGUCACCCCCUGGUGUCGGUCAAGAGCGACGCCUAUCCACUGAAUGGUGGCGCCGUCCGGACGGGUCCCGUGGAGAACUGCGCCCAGCCAUGCCGACAGCCGUACUUCUCCCCCGACGAACACGCCUUCACGUCCCUGUGGAUUGGACUGUGGUCGGUCCUGUGCUUUGUCUCCACCCUGACCACGGUGGUCACGUUCUUGAUCGACCGCGAGCGCUUCGCCUACCCCGAACUGCCCAUUGUCUACCUGGCCGCCUGCUACCUCUUCGUCUCUCUGGGCUACAUGGUGCGACUGGCGGCCGGCCACGAACGGGUGGCGUGCUCCAUGGACGGCGGGCACGUGCUGUACGAUGCGUCGGGCUCCGCCGGCCUGUGCACCUCCGUCUUCCUGCUGAUCUACUUCUUCGGCAUGGCCGGUGCCAUCUGGUGGGUGGUCCUCUCGCUCACCUGGUUCCUGGCGGCGGGCAUGAAGUGGGGCAGCGAGGCCAUCGGCGGCUACUCGCAGUACUUCCACCUGGCUGCGUGGCUGGUGCCCAGUGUCAAGACCAUUGCCGUGCUGGCCCUGAACGCCGUGGACGGAGACCCCGUGGCGGGCAUCUGCUACGUGGGCAACCAGAGUGUGGAGAGCCUGCUGGGUCUCGUCAUAGCUCCCCUGGUGGUCUAUCUGUUGACGGGCUCCCUCUUCCUCCUGGCCGGGUUCGUGUCGCUGUUCCGCAUCCGCAGCGUUAUCAAGCAGGGAGGGACCAAGACAGACAAGCUGGAGAAGCUGAUGUUGAAGCUGGGGCUCUUUACCGUGCUCUACACGGCCCCCGCCGCAGUGGUGCUGGCCUGCUUGGUCUAUGAGCAGCACAUGAGGCCCCAGUGGGACAGGGGACUUUCCUGCUCCUGUCAGGCCGAGAGGCAGAGGGUAGGCCUGGGGCCAGACCACACCGUCUUCAUGCUUAAGUACUUCAUGUCCUUUGUGGUGGGCAUCACCUCCGGCGUUUGGGUGUGGUCGAGGAAGACCUUGGAGUCUUGGCGCCGCUUCCUCGGGAGACAGUUUUGCCCGUGUCCCUGCCGGGGCCACAAACCUUCCAGCGCGUCCAUGUACAGCGAGGCCAGCACGUCCCUGACAACACACACCGUAGUGCCGCACUCCCAGUCCGAUCACAAGUCCCUGUCGCAACCACCUGUGUGAGCAGACAGGCGACCCAGACAUUGGUCAAGGGAGAGGGACGGGCUAAUUUAACUUAUUGAAAGGAUUGUAAAUGAUGUACAAAGUAUUGAGUGUUUACAUAAGGACACCCUUCUAGCAGAUUGCAUGGGAAUAUAUAGCUUUGACCGCAACUGAAGUAGUUUGAUAUUAGCUAAUAUUUAGUUGUGGAACGUUUACAAAGAGAUUAUACACACGCCUUUGUUGAGAAAUGUGUUUUUGCCAAGCCCAAUGAGUUUGUAAUUAACUUUUGAUGUAAGCCUAUGUAACUUUCUGCAGCUACAGAUUGGGUAAAGAUAUCUAGCUACUUUAGUUGUGGUCAAAGCUAGGGAUUUAAGAGGGGAAAUUAUUUUUGUAUUAAAUCUUCAAUUCUUGUUUUCCUUUAGUCUCAAAUCUUCCUUGAAGUUUAAACUUGUAAAAUGGUGGGUACUCAAAUAAUCAGGCAGAUUAAGAUGUAUGAUAACAUAGAUUCCAAUUAAGCAUUUAAUGAGUUUGAUGGUAUUUCCUUAAUUAAAACUGUAUAUAGUUAUGAGUUCGAUAUUUAAAGAUCUCUAAGCUGGAGAUAAUCAGUAACAAGCCAGUUUCACUUACUAACUCCAUUUUUAAUGUAUGAAAAAAAUGGAUGAUUGCUAUUUAUUUUUAUUUAAAAUGAUGUCCUGAAAGGAAGUUUGGUUUCUUCUUGUAAGACUAUGGCUCUCAUCUCUCUUUGUUUUGUCUCUCAAAAUCUUUUUUGCCUUAGUCUCUUGCUUCGUUUGUGACUUAGCAAUAGCUGUGAUUUCAAAUGUUAAAGGGGACUAUUGUAUCGCAACCUCUUCUGCCCCCAUGUGGUGGUUUCUAGUUAUUACAAUGGCACUUGAACAUUUUAUAAAAUAAUUGUUUUUUUACUGGAAGUCUGUUUACCCAUUAUUACAUUUGGCCAUUGGCAAUUUUUGUGCUGGUAGGUGAUCCAUCAAUAUUUAUAUUAAAAACAUUUACCAACAAUACAGCCCUGUGAGGUGAGAUUUAACUUACUUUCUGAUGGUAAUAGACCAUUGGCUUUUCAUCUGGGAAAAGGAUCUUAAAAUCCAGUCAGUGCUGUAUUUGUUGUUAUCUUAGCAUUUGUUUCUAUAUGCUCACAUGGUCAGACAGAGCAAAACUGGUGCAGGAAAAGAAAUGAUUAAAAAAAAAGGGUUGAUUUGUGAAAUAAAUAGGCUUAGAGUGAAUGAUUUACCAUAACCAGCUUUCUAAAAACCUUCACAGUAGUAACUUCAAAUAUGAAGUUUUCUCAGGUUCUUCCAGUUUAUUGUCCCAUUUGUCAAGAGAUUUUUUUUGUCAAAUGA